GCUUUCAGCAGGGGGCUUCCUCCUGAGACUUUGAUAACUAUCAUCUCUCCAUUCUCUACUUCUGUCAUUUUCGAACAACUCCAAGUGAGACUAUUUCACUAUCACCCUCAAGAAUCUCGACAUGGCAUCAACCCUUCCAGACUGCGACUGCGGUUUCGUUGACGCAAAAGAUCCAACGAAAAGCACAUUUUCAAACUUCCUCGCCAUUAACUUCACAUCGAUCACGAACCAGACCUUUGAAGAUCUCUUUAUUCCUGCUUCUUACACUCUCAACCUACGAGGGGGACCCUACAACAGAGCUUUCUCACCGGAACAAGUCCAUCUUUCCCAGGAUGGACUCGCCCUCACGGUCAGCCCCUUGAAUGCUGGAAACGUACCUUGUGCGCAAGUCACAACAAAGAAUGAAUCAUUCUUCUAUGGCGCCUACCAUGUUCAAACACGUGUUGGAAAUGUUCCGGGGGCAGUCUCGGCUUUCUUCACCUACAAGAAUGACACCUCUGAAGUUGACAUCGAAUAUCUAAGCGCCUGGACUGACCCAACGCUGCUCUACACGGUCAAACCGCAGCUCUACUCUGCGAGUGGCAAUCCACUGAGUGGUACAUACCAGAAGGAACAGUGGAACGGCACCGGCGCCUUCAGUAAGAACUUUCACACGUGGUCUUUUGUCUGGCUUCCUGGCAUUGUUCAUUACGGCCUGGACGGGGAGUACUCAAGAGUCAUCACAACCAAUGUACCGCAAGAUCCUGGAUCUGUUUCAAUAAGCCAUUGGUCUGAUGGCAAUCCCAACUACUCCAUGGGGCCACCAACAUCAGAUAGCACGGAUGUUAUCUCCCUUUUCUGGGCUGUGUACAAUGACACAAGCUCCGCGGCGCCUGCGUGCAAAGCCACAAAAACAUCUUGCACGAUCAGCGACGGCGUCCUUCAGUCAGCAACCUCGUCCAGUGGAGGAAGUACCAAUAGCCCUACUCCUACUCCUACUAUCAAGGCAUUAUCUACAAGCUCUGCUCAAAUGGUAAGCCCAAUGAAUUCAAGCUGGAUCUUCGUCUUAAUUCUCUUCUGCUGGUUUGGACAGUUUCGUUUGAAAUGGUUGUGAUAUUGGUUAUCAAGCACAGAGAAAGUGAACUGGAAAAUCUAGGAUGUGGAAACAUUACAUAUUUCUUGAGAAAGAGGACACCAACUUGAUGUCCAGUAAUCCUCAAUUUUGAUAAAUAUUUUCAUAGCUGCUAGAUUAUAGCAUUGUCCAGAGUGACUAGGUAUCGACUUUC